AAAAAUAGUAUUGUACGGAAACAGGAAACAAAGAUAGGAACAUGACCAUGAAAAGAAAGGAAACAACCUCACCCUCACAUCAUUUUUAUUAUAUCUGAAUCUCAACUUGCACAAAAUAAUAAAUUCUGUUUGGGAAUCGUAAAUAGUUCCCUUCCGAUCUCAAUAAGAUAAACUGGUUCGGUUUGUUCUUGUAACUUCCGCUUUCUCUCUCUCUCUCUCUUCAUAGUUCAUAAAGUAACCUAAAUUUUGAGGUGAGUGCAGUUUAAGAGAGAGAGGAAUAAUAAUAGUAUGACAAGAAAGAAGAUACAGAUCAAGAAAAUCGAUAACAUCAGUUCAAGGCAAGUGACUUUCUCUAAGAGGAGGAAAGGGCUUUUCAAGAAAGCUCAGGAGCUUUCAACUCUCUGUGAUGCAGAUGUAGCUCUUAUGGUUUUUUCUGCAACUAAUAAGCUCUUUGAGUAUGCUAGUUCCAGUAUGCAACAAGUAAUUGAAAGGCGUAAUGGAUGUUCUGAAAAUCAUAGAUUAAUGGACCGUCCAUCUACGGAUCAGUUUCAGGUUGAGAGUGAGUCCAGCGACACACUGCACAAGAAAUUAGAAGAUAAAUCUCGUGAACUGAGACAAAUGAAUGGAGAAGAUUUGCAAGAAUUGACAGUACAAGAACUCCAGAAACUAGAGACUCUACUUAGAAGAAGUUUGUCCAGUGUCUCAAAAAAGAAGGAUGAAAUGUUUAUUCAAGGCAUCAACACCCUUAAGAGAAAGGAAGUGGAACUGAUCCGAGAAAAUCAAAGACUGAAGCAUGUUGUACCAGACCUUAUAAUUGGACAAAGGCAACAAUCAUUGGAAUCGGUUAUUAGACGUUCAUCUUAUUUUCUUGAAGACGGUGGUGACAGUGACACUUCUCUCAAGUUAGGGUUACCAUUUCAUAAUUAAAUAAAUGAAGUUUGGUUAUAGGACUUUGAGAAGAAGAUAACAGUUUCGCUUCCUUUCUAUGUCGCUGAAUAACAGUAACUUGCUAUUUAAAAAUAAGUCAUGUAAAGUAAUAAAAUCUAGCUAAGUAAUGUGAGGUCUUGUUUGUAGAAUUGUAAUUGUUCUAUAUUCUUAUGGAAAAUUGAUUCACCUAAA